AUGGCGGAGUGUAAGAAAAUUAAUGUAAUUGUGAAGACUCCCAAGGAGAAAAAGACCAUUGAGUGUGACGAAAAUGCUGAUAUCAAGGAGUUCAAAGCCCUCGUGGCUGAGAAAUUUGAGUCGGAACCGGAAUUGCUGUGUUUGAUCUUUGCCGGGAAGAUCAUGAAGGAUGGAGACACACUGAAGGGGCACAAUAUUAAGGAUGGCCUCACGGUGCAUUUGGUAAUUAAAACGCCUCCUCGCACGGAGGGUGAGCAACAAGCACCACGAAGGCCACCAGCUGAUGUCAAUGCUACGCCAUUUGGGAUGAAUCAGCUGGGAGGAUUCAGUGGAAUGGAGGCUCUUGGGGUGGGACAAGGCACCUUUAUGGAUCUUCAGGCGCGCAUGCAGAAUGAAAUAAUGACUAAUCCCGAGUUGAUGCGCAAUGUCCUGGAUAAUCCGUUGGUCCAGCAGCUGAUGAAUAAUCCUGAUACCAUGCGCCAGCUCAUCACGUCCAAUCCGCAAAUGCAGGACCUCAUGCAGCGUAAUCCGGAGAUUUCGCACAUGCUAAACAAUCCGGAGCUACUGAGGCAAACCAUGGAACUGGCGCGUAAUCCGUCGAUGCUGCAGGAACUAAUGAGAACGCACGAUCGUGCCAUUUCAAAUCUUGAGAGUGUACCCGGAGGUUACAGUGCCCUCCAACGAAUCUAUCGGGACAUCCAGGAGCCUAUGCUAAAUGCCACCACGGAGCAAUUUGCUCGGAAUCCAUUUGCGGGCCUGGUGAAUAAUUCUUCUGGCAACAAUCCGCAGCAGGGUACGGAAAAUCGUGAACCACUACCAAAUCCCUGGGGAGGAAGUGGCGGAGGUGGAUCCAAUAGCAAUUCAGGAGGGGGUAACACUGCCUCGCCGGGAAUCCUCAAUUCACCGGCCAUGCAAAGUUUGCUACAGCAGAUGAGUGAGAAUCCGGAGUUGAUGCAGAAUAUGUUGAAUGCGCCAUACACAAGAGACAUUAUGAGGGCAAUGUCGGCUGAUCCCAACUUGGCAGCUAAUAUGAUCAACCAGAGUCCGCUGCUGGCCAAUAAUCCCCAACUGCAGGAGCAAAUGAGACAGAUGAUGCCGAACUUUUUGCAGCGUAUGCAAGAUCCGGAAGUGCAGAAUAUGAUGACAAAUCCGCAGGCUCUCAAUGCAAUCCUGCAAAUUCAGCAGGGCAUGGAGCAACUACGUGCUGCAGCUCCGGGUCUCGUGGGUACCCUGGGGAUUCCACCACCGCCUCCAGGUGGCGUUACAGAUACCACAACAACGCCCAAUUCGACCCCUACAACGGGCGUCAUUCCGCCUAGUCCCACAGCGGCUCACAAUCCGCAACUAUUCAGCGAAUUCAUGGCCAGGAUGCUCAAUGGAAUGGCGUCGGGCGCGAAUCCAAAUCAACCGCCUGAAGAGAGGUAUUCUUCCCAACUGGAACAGCUAACGGCCAUGGGUUUUGUCAACAGAGAGGCCAAUCUCCAAGCACUUAUUGCAACAUUUGGAGAUAUCAAUGCGGCAGUUGAACGACUACUGGCUCUUGGGCAAUUGUCACUGAGCUAACGCGUCACAAUGACAACGCAGGAAGGCUAAAAGGAAAUUUGAAUAUCUGAGAAAAAGAGGAAAAAGGAAAAAAAGAGAAACCAAAAUUGAAUAAUAAAAAAAAAACUGAUCAGCAAGAAAAUCCAAUUGAGAAAAGCAAAACACCAAUAUUUGUCCUAAUUGAACAUUAUUCCGUACAAUCGUGUGUUUUUUUACAUUUGUUUUUUUCCUCAUUUAUUCCUCAAACUAGUUGGGUAUUUGUAUAAAAACAAACAAAAAUAUCAAGCAAAAAAAAACCCAAAAAUGCAUUCUGUUUUUAUGUGCACCAUCUCAUAAUUCUGCGUGACUUUGCUAUUAUUAAAAAAAGAAAAAAAGCAAAAAUAAUCUGUAGCUGUAUUUGUCAGUUUAUUGAAUCAAAAAGAAAAUCUAUUUGUCUGCUUUAUUUAGUGCGUUCUGUCGGGAGGAUAAUUAAAAUCCCCCGAAACUGCAAGAGAAACAUCCUCACACCAAAAUUACCAAGCAAAUUUUUUGUGAGUCAUGUGGGUUGAUUUAAUGGGUUUUAAUAUGCGAAAAAUUAAAAUGUUGUAAUAGAAGAAAAGAAAAACAAAGAAAAAUGGUAAUUUCAUACGUUUUAGUUGAUUAACAGAGAGAAAAUAUAUAUGUAUGGAUACAAAUAUUAUAACACGAAAGAUAAAAUAUCAGCAAGUAAAUGUUAGUUGAAGUAAAUGAUUCUUGGUACUGCGUGUGAGAUAGAAAAGAUUUAAAAAAAGGAAAUAUUGGUAUGAAGGGAAAAUCAUAGAGAUGAAAAAUUACACAAUAUGAUUAUGUUAUCAUUCCAAGAGACAAAGAAUGAGAAAAUAUAAUCCACAUGAGAUAUUGCAAAAA